GUUGUAGGCAUAAAGUACCUUUUUAUUAAUAAUGGGUGGAAACCGAAGUAGACGAGUGGACAUGAGUUCUACGGAUUCACCUUUUCUUAUCGGCGUCAGUGGAGGAACUGCCUCCGGAAAGACCACUGUUUGCCGCAAAAUUAUUGAAGGGCUUGAAAAGAAUGAUCUGGGUCUUCAAUCUGGCGAGGACUUGGCAGUAAUAAUACACCAAGUCAGCUUUUAUAGGCCUAUUGACAUUGAAAAGGUUGACGUUAAUUAUUACAACUUUGAUAAUCCAACUGCAUUUGAUUUCAAACUCAUUGUGCAGGUUUUAUCUGAUUUACGCUCCGGUAAAGAGGUUGACGUACCGAUUUAUGAUCAAAAGACUUACACUAGAUCUUCCGAGACCUGCCGGGUGUGUCCAAAAAAGAUUAUUCUUUUUGAAGGGAUUCUUUGCUUCGACUGUAAAGAACUUCGCGAUUUGUUUCAUUUGAAGAUCUUUGUCGACUGCGACAACGACACGCGGUUAGCCAAACGAGUUUUGAGGGACUUAAAGAAACGCAAUCGUGAUUUAGACAGUAUUUUAAAGCAGUACAUCGACUUUGUGAAACCUGCUUAUGAUGAUUUCAUUCAACCUUCUAAAAAAUAUGCAGACAUUAUAAUUCCUAGAGGGGCGGAUAAUUUAGUCGCCAUUGACUUUAUUAUUCAGUACAUUAAAGAACAUUGCAAGCAACCAGUCGCCAACUCUUUGGACACCAAAAGACUACUUCGAGAGCAUUACUCUUUUACAGCAGCCAUUGAGGGAACACUUCCUUCUGUUCACACUGGCAUAAUUCGUCCUCAUUAA